AGGAAGGAGGCAGCGAAGGGGGCGUGGCCCGAGGAGAAGGAAGCAAGCGAGCAAGGAAGCAGGCAGGCAGCGCGAGCUGGGCGCAGAAGGAGACGUUUCCUUGAUCUGUUGAGCUACAGGAGGAAGAAAAACCAUAAUGCAGCUAACCUUUCAGUUGGAAAGGUGAACAUCAUUUUCAAAGAGAAAUGGCUGACAAGAGUGGAAAAAUUCUUUCAGGUCCAUUAUACAUUGAAGUUGAAUAUGACUAUGACUAUGAAGCAAAGGACAAAAGGAUUGUGAUUAAGCAAGGAGAGAGAUAUAUUUUAGUGAAGAAGACUAAUGAUGAUUGGUGGCAAGUAAAAAAGGAAGAAAAUUCCAAGCCCUUCUAUGUGCCAGCACAGUAUGUCAAAGAAGUAACUCGCAAAGCACUAAUGCCACCUAUUAAACAAUUGAGUGUGCUACCAAAUAGCACCCUGAAACUUAUGCAUGGGUUACAGAGGUCAACGGAAAAUGUGAACAAAUCUCCAGAGCUUUCUAGUUUUGGAAAAUCAUCUCCAGUACAAAUGUUGGGACCAAUUCGGGAUGCCAAUCAGAAUCUGGGACCAAGCAGUAGCCCGGGUAGGAAUCCUAGUCUCAACCUGGACCAUGCACAGAAUAAUGGGAAAUUUAGUGAAUUCCAGUUUCCUAAAGUUCCCAUUCAGAACAAGAGUUACUCUGUGUCCCAUUUCCCUUGUUCUGAUUGUAUGGAAAUAGAAAAGACUAGCUUCUUGCAAGAGCUAUCCUGUGAUUCUGCAGGAGAAAGCUCAGAAAAACUCCAUCAAGAUUCAGAAUCUGGAGAUGAACUCAGCAGUAGUUCCACUGAACAAACACAGCCAACCACACCACCAAGCCAAGGAAGAGCAGAUUCACCGGUUUAUGCAAAUUUGCAAGAACUGAAAAUAUCGCAGUCUGCACUCCCACCUAUACCUACAACUCUUGCAAUCCAAAUUAAUGGAGAAUGGGAGACUCAUAAAGACUCAACAGGACGUUGUUACUAUUACAACAAAGGAACACAGGAAAGAACCUGGAAACCACCACGCUUGACUCGGGAUCCAAGCAUAAGUAAAGGAGACACUUUGAACCAAGCAGAUCAUGAGACUCUUCUAUCACAAGAAAACUCCCACAGUUCUUAUAACAGCCACUCAGAUAGUCAGUAUGGUUCUCCUCCCAAAGGGUGGUCAGAAGAAUUGGAUGAACAUGGCCAAACGCUAUAUACCAGUGACCAUACUAAUGAAAAGUGGAUAAAACAUGUAGAUGAACAAGGUCGGUCAUACUACUACAAUGCAGACGGAUCUCGAUCAGAAUGGGCCCUGCCAAAAUAUAAUGCUUCACCACAACAACCAAGGGAGAUCAUUAAAAGUAGGAGUCUGGACAGGAGGCUACAAGAACCAAUCGUUUUAACAAAAUGGAGGCACAGCUCAAUUGUGUUGGACACAAAUGACAAGUUGCCAACUAAUUCUUCUGAACUUCUCUUGCCUAAUCCUGCAUAUUUGUUUCCAUCAUCCCCGAAGCAAGAUUCUCAAGUUGCUUCGAAGAUUUUUUCUGAAAACGACUCCUCUCCUUCCUCGCCUUCCUCUCCUAAGCAUCAAGGCACAGAUCAAGAGAAGUAUGGACUAUUAAAUGUGACAAAAAUUACAGAAAAUGGGAAGAAACUUCGAAAGAAUUGGAUGCCCUGGUGGGCGGUAUUGCAGGGACCAUCAUUGUUGUUUACCAAGACUCAAGGAGGUGGGACUAGUUGGAAGUUUGGAGGAAACCAAUCUAAGCCGGAGUUCACAGUGGAUCUGAGAGGGGCAUUUAUUGACUGGGCUACAAGAGAGAAGUCUAGCAAGAAAAAUGUGAUCGAGGUGAAAACCAGACAAGGGACUGAGCUGUUAAUUCAAUCAGACAAUGACAUUUCUGUUACUGAGUGGUUUAAAGUUCUGAGCUAUGCCAUCAGUAAACAUGCAGCAGAGUCCGAUGAAGCACUGGAGGAUGAAGUGCCAGAUUCUCCGGGGGUGGAAAAACAAGACAAAGAAAAAGACCACAAAGAUGCCAAAAAACUUCGUUCAAUAAAAAUAUCUGGUAGCAUUGAUUCUACUGAACAGAAGAAGACCAAAACAAAACUGAAGAAAUUUUUGACCCGCAGGCCUACAUUACAAGCAGUCCGUGAAAAAGGCUACAUCAAAGAUCAAGUAUUUGGUUGCAAUCUAAGCAGCUUGUGUCAAAGAGAGAACACCACGGUGCCAACAUUUGUGAAACUAUGUAUUGACCAUGUUGAAGAACAUGGAUUGGAUGUUGAUGGGUUGUACAGAGUUAGUGGAAAUCUUGCAGUAAUACAGAAGUUAAGAUUUGCUGUUAAUCACGAUGAAAAACUGGAUUUGAAUGACAGUAAAUGGGAAGACAUCCAUGUCAUUACAGGAGCCCUGAAAAUGUUUUUUAGAGAAUUGCCAGAGCCACUCUUCACGUUCAGCCAUUUCAAUGAUUUUGUCAAUGCGAUCAAACAAGAACCUAGGCAGCGAGUUCAUGCUGUAAAAGAGCUGAUCAAACAGUUGCCAAAGCCAAACCAAGAUACCAUGCAAGUACUCUUCAGGCAUCUCAAGAAAAUUGUAGAAAAUGGAGAGCGGAACCGAAUGACCUAUCAGAGCAUAGCCAUAGUGUUUGGCCCAACUCUGUUAAAACCAGAAAAAGAGACAUGUAACAUAGCUGUUCACACCGUGUAUCAGAACCAGAUUGUAGAGCUAAUCCUACUAGAACUGAACUCCAUCUUUGGACGCUGAAUUUCCCUGUGAAAUUGGCCUUAGGAGAAAGACGACAACUACUGUUCUUCUUCUUCUGGCAGAAACUGCAUCUCUUUUGUACGUGGCGCUAUUUGUGGACCAAGCAGUAACUUGAUGUUUUUUGCACUUUUUGUGGGAGAGGGAAGAGAGUGUUUUGUUUUAGCUGAAUUUUCUUUUUCUUUUUUUCCCCUUUUUUUGGUGGAAAAUACCGAAACUUUGAAUUUCCUUACAGUUAAUUAUUGUGACUGUCUCAAAGUGUGUGUAUAUAUAUAUACAUAUAUAUAUUCAAUAAGACUUUAAACUUCAGAUCUCAUAUAGCUGUAUACACACUGGAGUCCAUAGUGAGAGAAGCUAAAUCUGAAUGUCAGUCUGGAUCAUCUGGAAUAGCAUUUUCCAUUAAUUUUUAACAUUGGUUUCGCCAUUUACUUUUGGGGAUGAUAAAGCUCCUCAGCUGACUCGGAAAACCUCCACGGGCAUUUUGAGUGAAUAAUUUCAACGUGUGCUUAUAUGUUCAGCCUGUAAGAUAAUUCUUAUAUCUUGUCCACAGGGUUAUUUUCCUUUCUGUUUGUUUGGCAGAUUUAAAUAAUUGCUAACAGUGGCCAGUGGAAAUUCCUCACAUGAGGUCUGCUUUUUUGUUCUUGGUAUUGUUUUAACUUUGUUGCACAGACUCAUGCUGGCUCUCUUGAAUGCACAGCAGCAUUGCUUCAGAUACUGAAAUGGUACAUAUAUCCGACGGAGGAGAUAUACUAUAUGGUCUGUGAUGAAUCGGAGCUUUCAGCUAAUAAAAUUUGUAUUUUCCAGGAUAUGUUUGGUCUACACUUUGAUCUAAAAUGACAUGGUACCAAACAAUCCUAACGUAUAAAGAGUACACUGAAUUGUUGGUAUGAACCUGUGGUAGUGAAUUGGGAUGUGAAGACCGUACUGUGUUUGGAUUUUACAAUAUUUAUAUACAAAAUGGAACUGUCUCAGAAUACUUUCUGGUCUUCUAUUUCUAUCAUGUGCAAAUUAGCAAGUGAUAUUAUUACGCCAUCAAUGGUGUUUCAGAGUUCCCACACAGUCAUGAACUAUUUGGGGAAGCUGCACUUUUCAAUGGCAAUUACAUAUGCAUGCAAGCGAUUGCAAUGCGACUGGUACUGGAAUAACACUGAGUGUGUUUUGCUUCAGUGGUUAAUGCACUACAAGCAAAGCCUCUGAUAUUAUUUAAUAUGUAUAGGAGCUACAUUAGGUAAAUGUAUUGCAAAUUCUAAUGCCUAUAAAUAACAGAACCCUAUGUUUGAAUAGAUGGAUAUCUGGAUAUAAUGAAAAUGCCGAACUUCAAGAUUCCUUUUUACAUUAAUAUUAUAGAUUGAUUUGUAAAAUAGGUUUCAGGAGAUUUUGUUACAGGAGACAUGGUCCGCGGAAGAUUUUUUUUAAAUGUAUUUUUCUAGACUAACUGCUGUAUCUGACAUUUGCUACAUGGAAUCUGAAUAAAUAAAACUGUUAGCCGUUUUGGAAUCCGGUGCUCUAGA